AUAAUCUAAACACACACACAGCCGCGCAGCAAACGCUCCUGCCCACUCAAACGCUCCUAAAGCUGUUUUUCUGCCGGAGAUCAGCGAGAGCCAACAGCUGCUGAGGAACAGAGGAGGAAGAAAAAGAACCUCUUGAACUUCUGACAGUCCAGUUCAGUCAGUCUUCAGGGAGAGAAGCUUCUCUUGGAGUCUUUUUCUUCUUUUUUUAAGAAAAAUUCCCUAUGUGACACAAGAUAAAAAAAAGAAGAGGAGGCAAUCAGAGUUCACGCCGAGUGAAUGGGUUGCCAUGGUGACUCACCCAGGGAUCCUGACCCGUGCAGAGUGAAUGGAGGGAGAGCCAAGUAAAAAGAUAAACUAGGCAAAGGGAGUCACCGGAGAAAAAGAGAGCGAGAGACGAGAGGAUAGCGGAGGAAGUGGAGCAGCGUCUGAGAAUGGAAGACGGCUUUUCCAGCUACAGCAGCUUGUAUGACACCUCGUCGCUGCUGCAGUUCUGCAAUGAUGACAGCGCAUCCGCCUCCAGCAGCAUGGAGAUCACCGACCGCAUCGCGUCCCUGGAGCAGAGGGUCCAAAUGCAGGAGGAUGAAAUCCAGCUGCUCAAAUCCGCUCUGGCCGAUGUGGUCCGCCGGCUUAACGUGUCUGAGGAGCAGCAGGCUAUGAGCUCACGUCGAGGGCCCACCAAAGAGGCUGCUUUGAUGAGAAAAUCUCCCUCGGUAGACAGCCAUGUUGGGAAGUCAGCCCGACCAAUGAUCGCCACCCUACCAAUAAGACCCUCAGUUAACAACGGGACUAUCCUACCAAAGAAAGCCGGCGGUACUUUGCCCUCGCCUUCUGGAUCCGGGUCAAGGAAGGACACCAGCGCAGCAUCAACCAGGAGUUUGUCUCCUUUGUCUCUGCCAACCAGAAUUCUUUCUCCGUUGCUCAGCACGGUGAGGAGAGCCAACUCCAACGAGCAUGUAGGGUCUCUCACGCGGAAAGAUUCUGGUGACUCCAAGGGCAACCGAACUCGCGCUGGGUCCACAGGCAGCAAUUCCAGCGGCAAAAGAAGUGACAGCAAGCAGCGGGACCCAGUCUUCAAUGCGGGGAUGCGACGUGUGACACACUGCAAAGAGGAAGGUUAUGUGAAAAUGUAUUUGAAGGGUCGUCCCAUCACCAUGUUCAUGCCCAAAGACCAAGUGGAUGGCUACUGUCUGGAGGCAAGAGCUGAACUUCCAGCCAACAAGCUCAAACUGGACUGGGUGUACGGUUACCGUGGUCGAGAUUGCCGCUCCAAUCUUUAUUUGCUGCCCACUGGGGAAACGGUGUACUUCAUUGCCUCAGUUGUUGUCCUGUUCAACGUAGAUGAGCAGCUACAGAGACAUUACACUGGACACACGGACGACAUUAAAUGCUUGGCGGUCCACCCUGAUAAAAUCACUAUAGCAACCGGGCAGGUUGCUGGCACCUCUUUAGAGGGUAAAUUGGCUCCACAUAUUCGCGUUUGGGACUCUGUGAGCCUGAACACCCUCCACGUUCUGGGAGCCGCCUACUUUGAGCGAGCUCUCGUCUGCUUGGCUUUCUCUAAGUCGAAUGGAGGAAACACACUAUGCGUUGUUGACGACUCUAAUGACCACGUGCUGUCUGUUUGGGACUGGCAGCGAGAAGACAGAUUGGCUGAGGUCAAGACGUCCAACGACACCGUUUUUGCUGCAGACUUUCACCCGACUGACAGCAACAUUUUGGUGACAUGUGGCAAGUCGCAUCUCCAUUUUUGGAGCUUGGAAAAAAGCAUUCUUGUCAAGAAGCAGGGACUUUUUGAGAAACAGGAAAAGCCCAAGUUUGUGUUAUGUGUGACCUUCGCGGAAAAUGGAGAUACAAUCACUGGGGACUCCAGUGGCAACAUCUUGGUGUGGGGAAAAGGCACUAAUCGCAUCAGCCACGUCAUCCACGGCGCUCACGAGGGCAGCAUCUUUACUCUGUGCAUGUUGAGGAACGGCACGCUGGUGUCUGGAGGAAAAGACUGCCGCCUCAUCUCUUGGGACAGUAGCUACCAGCAGAUACAAACAGUUGAGGUGCCGGAUGUGUUUGGCCCAAUCCGGACUGUAGCAGAGGGUAGAGGGGAGAGUGUUCUCAUCGGAACUACAAAGAAUUUUGUUUUGCAAGGAAGUUUGGAUGGAGAAUUUCUGCCCAUUACACAGGGUCACACUGAUGAGCUGUGGGGAUUGGCCGCGCAUCCCUGCAAACCCCACUUCCUCACCUGUGGCUAUGACAGGCAAGUCUGCCUAUGGGACUCCAGUUCACGUCAGCUUAUCUGGAGUAAAAACAUGGAAGACACCGCCCAAUCAGCAGACUUCCACCCAUCUGGUGCUGUUGUUGCCAUUGGAACCCAAAUUGGCAGGUGGCUGGUACUGGACACUGACACCAAGGAUUUAGUCACAGUGCACACAGAUGGGAAUGAGCAGCUUUCUGUGAUGAGCUUUGGCCCAGAUGGCAACUUCCUGGCCAUCGGCUCUCAUGACAGCUACAUCUACAUUUAUGCCGUGGCAGAAAAUGGCAGAAAGUACAGCAGAGUGGGGAAGUGCUCAGGUCACUCUAGUUUCAUCACCCACCUUGACUGGUCAGUGGACUCCCAAUAUCUGGUGUCUAACUCAGGAGACUAUGAAAUACUCUACUGGAUCCCCUCCGUGUGCAAACAGGUGGUCAGCAUGGAGACCAUACGAGAUAUUGAAUGGGCCACACACACCUGCACGCUAGGCUUUCAGGUUUUCGGCAUGUGGUCUGACGGUUCAGACGGCACCGACAUCAAUGCUGGCAGCAGGUCCAACGAUAAGAGUCUCCUCGCUACUGGAGAUGACUUUGGGAAGGUCCACCUCUUCUCCUUCCCCUGUUCUCAGUUCAGGGCUCCCAGCCAUGUAUACAGUGCCCACAGCAGCCACGUAACCAACGUUACCUUCCUACAUAACGACAGCUGUCUGGUGUCAACUGGGGGGAAAGACAUGAGUGUGAUGCAGUGGAGGAUAGUCUGAGCGACAAGACUCAGACCAUGGACUUCCCUCUGCCGCUGUGCACUCCAGAAAGAAGCAAAACCUAACUGCACUACGACGGAAUCAAGUGAAAUGCCUAAAAAGGUGGAUCUGGACUGCGGUGAAUUGAUAGUUUUCUUCACGAGUCUGCUUUCAGGUCCAUAAUGAGAUGAACUGGUGAGGUGUGACGUGUUGCUUAGUGUUUCUCCAGUUCUUCCACCCUUUCAUGCAACUACACUACAUUUUAUAAUAUUUCCAAAAUACUGUUAUCCUAUGUUUCCCAACCUUAAAUGAGUCAUGGCACUUAUUUUACAUUAGAAUUUUUUUUAAUGGCACGCCACUUCAAAAAUUGUAUGCACAAGAUAAUAUUUACUUUCUGCCAUAUGGGGCAAGAGAUAGGUCAUUGUUGGAUAAUGACUUUUUAACCGAUAUCCCAAUAUCGUCCAACUCCAAAAAUCCGACUGAUGCCCCACUGGAUGCUUUAAUAAUGAUAACACUCACAUAAAAAAAUCCUAAGUUUGUCCUUAAGUAAGUCCUUAGUUUGGAGACAUCUAAUGGUCAAUAAGCAGAACUGCUGUACUAAACUUUGACCAGCCCUUGUACAAAGGCAGAAGGCCUCUACAUUCAAUUUGAAAACAUUCAUAUUGGCUGAAAACCGAUGUCGAUAUUUUCUGAUAUCAUUUUAAAAUGCUUUUAUAAGCUCUAAUGACAAUGAUAUAUUAUUUGUAGUUAAUCAUAGGACCAAAACUGCUAUUAACUGUAAUAGACGUCCACUCCAUUUGGACUGGGAGGGCUGGCAGUUAAUUAAUGGAAAUGGAGAAAAAAAAGAACGUACCAAAGUUCAGAUUCGACACAAUUCUGCACUCUUGGCAGUUUUUUUCUUUCCUGACAUUACACUAAUUGAGCUCAAAGAAUAUUGAAAGGAAAACUGCACGGAAAGUUUAAAUAUACAGGUAGUCCCCGGGUUAUGAACAAGUUCCGUUCCUACGCUGGCAACUUAACCCAAAUUUCCGCGUAAGUCAGAUUUAACCCUUAAAGCACCCCUAAAUACCCCCCUAAAUCUCAAAAUAACUAUCCAAAAACAUAUAUUUAUACGUCAUUGUACCGUCCUUGCCAAGACAUUGAAACUAAGCCCUAGCUAGACAGCAAACUAAGCUCCGAAAUGAAGAUGACAGACAUCACUGUGGUUUGCCGACUUUAUUUAGCUGCAUAAAGACUUUAGGAAUGAAACUAAAAUAAUAACAAAAUCUGUUUCAUCUUCAAUAGCAGCAAUUCAAAUUUGCGUUUAAAAACAGCUGGUCAUACAGCAAUUACAGUCGACACAAACGGUUAGCAUGUAUGAGUUGGCGUCCGCACAUAUUGAAAAACAAUCACAUCAACUCGCCCAAAGUAUUCGACCACAAUUGAAAAUGCACAAUAAACAGUACAAAUUGUGCUAUAUACAGGUGCUUCACAAGCAACGAAUGUGCGGGCAGGCUCGCAGGCUGUCCCCUGUCUUUGUUGGAACACAUGCGCUCUUCCUUGCGUGUGCGCUCUUCUUCGUCUGCUCAAAUAAGCUGUUCUUCGUGUUUACAUGCGCUCUUACUCACGUGCCAUUAGUACUACCUGCUCUAUGCUUUCCGUGCCAAUGAAAGCAUGCAUCACAAAACAUAAGUCAACAUUAUAAAAAAUAGAAGUGAAAAAAAGUAAAGUUGAAAUCACGCAAGUCGGGUAUGUCAUAACCCGGGGACUGCCUAUAUAAACAGUGGGGCAAAUAAGUAUUUAGUCAACCACCAAUUGUGCAAGUUCUCCUACUUGAAAAGAUUGGAGAGGCCUGUAAUUGUCAACAUGGGUAAACCUCAACCAUGAGAGACAUAAUGUGGAGAAAAAAAAAACAGAAAAUCACAUUGUUUGAUUUUUUUAAAGAAUUUAUUUCCAAAUUAGAGUGGAAAAUAAGUAUUUGGUCACCUACAAACAAGCAAGAUUUCUGGCUGUCAACGCGGUCUAACUUCUUCUGAUGAGGUGCCACUCAUUACCUGUAUUAAUGGCAACUGUUUUUACUCAUUAUCGGUAUAAAAUACACCUGUCCACAACCACAGUCAGUCACACUCCAAACUCCACUAUGGCCAAGACCAAAGGAAAGGACACCAGAGACAAAAUUGUAGACCUGCACCAGGCUGGGAAGACUGAAUCUGCAAUAGGUAAAAUGCUUGGUGUAAAAAAAUCAACUGUGGGAGCAAUUAUUAGAAAAUGGGAGACAUACAAGACCACUGAUAAUCUCCCUCAAUCUGGGGCUCCAUGCAAGAUCUAUCAAAAUGAUAACAAGAACGGUGAGCAAACAUCCCAGAACAACACGGGGGCACCUAGUGAAUGACCUACAGAGAGCUGGGACCACAGUAACAAAGGCUACUAUCAGUAACACAAUGCCCCACCAGAGACUCAAAUCCUGCACUGCCAGACGUGUCCCCCUGCUGAAGCCAGUACACGUCCAGGCCCGUCUGCGGUUCGCUAGAGAGCAUGUGGAAGAUCCAAAAGAGGACUGGGAGAAUUUGUAAUGGUCAGAUGAAACCAAAAUAGAACUUUCUGGUAGAAACACAGGUUCUCGUGUUUGGAGGAGAAAGAAUACUGAAUUGCAUCCGAAGAACACCAUACCCAGUGUGAAGCAUGGGGGUGGAAACAUCAUGCUUUGGGGCUGUUUUUCUGCAAAGGGACCAGGACGACUGAUCUGUGUAAAGGAAAGAAUGAAUGGGGCCAUGUAUCGAGAGAUUUUGAGUAAAAAAAAUCCUUCCAUCAGCAAGGCCAUUGAAGAUGAGAAGUGGCUGGGUCUUUCAGCAUGACAAUGAUUCCAAACACACAGACAACAAAGGAGUGGCUUCGUAAGAAGCAUUUCAAGGUCCUGGAGUGGCCGAGCCAGUCUCCAGAUCUCAACCCCAUAGAAAAUCUGUGGAGGGAGUUGAAAGUCCGUGUUGCCCAACGACAGCCCCAAAACAUCACUGCUCUAGAGGAGAUCUGCAUGGAGGAAUGGGCCAAAAUACCAGCAACAGUGUGUGAAAAGCUUGUGAAGUUCCAGAAAAGGUUUGGCCUCCGUUUUUGCCAACAAAGGGUACAUAACAAAGUAUUGAGAUGAACUUUUGGUGUUGACCAAAUACUUAUUUUCCACCAUGAUUUGCAAAUAAAUUCUUUAAAAAUCAAACAAUGUGAUUUUCAGUUUUUUUUCCCCACAUUCUGUCUCUCAUGGUUGAGGGUUACCCAUGUUGACAAUUACAGGCCUCGCUAAUAUUUUCAAGUGGGAAACUUGCACAAUUAGUGGUUGACUAAAUACUUAUUUACCCCACUGUAAAUAAGUUCGUUUUUACUUGAACGGCAUGGACAACCGUUCUUGCGAGGCUGUAGGUUGCCCAACUGCUAAGCUAAACACAUCUUGCUAAAUUGCACUUGAUUUUGUAUGAAUUUGAAAACUGUAUUAACUCCUCAAGUACAAACACUAAGUUGCAAGAUUUUUUUGUACUUUAUAAUGUUAACGAAAGACACCUUUUAUGUUGAUUAAACCCCAAUGUUUUUGGUCCAUACCUGAACUAAAAAGGCUUUGCUAAUUUGAGGCGCAAAUGAGUGAAUGAGUGCAUUUUGGGGGGGGGGGGGGGGGGCAUUCUGGUUGGUUUUGGGUUCUUCAAUAAACAAUAUCUUUCCAUUACUGACUAUGACUAGUCUAGUUGAAGAGUGAGACCGUAUCACUGUAACUGCCUGAUUCUCCACAGUGCACACUCAGUCAGGGAAACAAACAUAUUUUAAUUCAACUCAAUUGUUUGUUUGUUUUUAAAUUCGAUAAUAGAUGAAAAAACACGCAAGAUGAAAUAUUGAGUCUUCAUUGAGCUUCUCAUGUUUUCCUUCCCAUCUGUGAAUCAUAUACUGUACCGGUACAUUUCACACUCAUAACAUUGCUUUGAUUUGAGAGGUCAAAACGUUGAUGAUGAGGCUGGAAUUUGUAUUCCCAUGAUGCACCUGAACCUGCAAUUACCACUGAACAAAUAAUAUUUGUCUGACAGAGAAAACCAAAUAAAACUCAUUGGAUGCUGUGUCCAAACGAAAUGUCUGUGACUCAUGUUUGUUUAAAAAAAAAAACACUAAAAGCAACGCUUUGUAACUUUUCAGUUGGUCGAUUUUAGAGACACCGGUGGACAAAAACGGUAGUGUUUUGCUUUAAGGAAGACUGCGUUUCCUUUGAAGACCAGUGCUGCAUUUCCCAUGAGGACCAGCACACACCCGCACAGUGUCGUAAAAUCAUCAGUCAAUCAAAAAAUCAAUCUCCCGGUCAUCCGUGGAUGGAUUAAACAACAAUUCUGUUUCCAGCAGCUUUGUGAAGGAUGAAUAAUAAUAAAGUAAUCAAUCCAGUUGUAACUAAACGAUAGUAUAUGACGGUUAGCAACUGUGUGGCUGAGCCCACCCGUGAUAGCCUCCUUUUUUACCCUUAUCAGACAAAAAACUUUUUGUCUCUUUUGUUGCUCUGCCAUCUUUGCAGAAUUUGCGCUAAAGCGUUCGCAUCGACUUCCGUCUUCAUAAUGAAUGAGGAAAAGGGGAAGUGUUUUUUUUUUUGUGUGGCAUGGUUCCUGCCACCCUCCUCAAAGUUAGUGCUUGUGAAAGCGAUACAGACCCCCACAAGAUAUAAAAGAGGUAUCAUUCAACUAGUUCAGUCGACAUCUCAAAUGUUAUGAAAAUAUUUUAUAAUGGCUGAAAAGUUACCGAGUGUUGCUUUAAAGGGAUAGAAAACAACUCGAUCAUGUGUA